UCCGCAUUCCGCACGGAGCUGUCGGCAGAAGCGCGAGUUGGAGAGGGGACUGUCGCGUCUCCGAGGAAACGUCCUCAUUCAUACCCAGGGGAAUAUCGGUGCAGAGCCGGGGACAAAGGAUGCCUUACAUGCUCAUCAGUACGCAGAUCCGCCUGGAGACUGGUCCAACAAAUGUAGGAGAUGAAUACUCCGAUCCAGCUGUCAUGAAUUACUUGGGAGCGAGGAAAACUACCAUGCUGGGAAACAAUUUUUCCGAGUACCAUGUGGACGACCCACCUCGCCUGGUGCUGGACAAGCUGGAGAAGAUUGGCUUCCGCGUGAUGACGAUGACGGGGGUGGGACAGACGCUGGUGUGGUGCCUGCACAAGGAGGGAGAGUGAUUGGCCCUGGAGCGAGUUACAUGUCUCCAGCGUGUUUCCCUGGCAAGACAGAGGUACUGGGAUGAAAGAUAGAUUUCUAUCAGUAACGAGUUGCAACAACGCUCUCUCAUCAGAGUGAAGCAACCCAGUUUUUAAACUUUGACUGCAUCCAGAUACCUCCAUCAGUCUUUGAAGUGGUGGAUGGAUUAUGCUCACGAACUUCAACUUUUUGUCACUUUUGUUCUUUUAUAGGCUGCCCUCUAUGUGUUGAUAGUACGGACAUCGGCCCUCUCUCAGUUGAAAAAGUUAUUUUCUAAAGACAAGAAUAUCCCAGACAUGAGACGACAGAUUAGACUCUAAAGUCUCUAGGCCACAGAUUACAGAGGAUUGCAUAAGUGUAUAUAGAAACCUACAUUCCAGACAUUUUUUACAGACUUUUGCUUGUGUUGUUUGCCAUUCAAUACUUGUGACCCAAGUGUCAUGUGUACGGGGAGCGAAAGCCAGUUCCAAAGUUUGUGUGUAAUUUGUCAGUAGGAUUUGUCUCAAAGCAAAUAUCUACUUUCUGCCCAUGUACAAGGCCUCACUCAAUUCUCCCUUGGUCCUGUCAAAGUAAAUAUACAGUAUUAUGCUAGAUAGGGUUUUUACCUGCAGUACUGUGCUGUUUUUGUAAAUGUAUCACAUGCAUGUGAUUAAAUAAUGUGAAUCACUUGUG